AUGACUAGUGGUUCUGACACUGAAAAUACCCAAAGUGAAGAAGAAGAUGAUGAUUUUGAAACAGAGAAAAGCAAUGACAAUGGCACUGAUGGAGAAGCCGAGACUUGGUGCCCCAGUAUGGAAGGAUUUCUUAGGUACUUGGUUGAUAGCAAACUCGUCUUCAACACUAUCGAGCGCAUCGUUGAUGAAUCUUAUGAUGAUUCUUAUGCCUACUUCAGGAAAACUGGAUUGGAAAGAUCAGCAUGCCUUUCUAAAGAUCUAGAAUGGUUUAGCCAACGAGAUCUUGUGGUUCCUGAACCUAGCAAUCCUGGAGUUUCGUAUGUCACGUAUUUGGAGGAAUUAGCUGAGAAAAAUGCCCCACUUUUCCUGGCCCAUUUUUACAAUAUUUAUUUUUCACACAUAGCCGGUGGUCAAGUGAUAGCAAGAAAGGUUUCUGAACAGCUACUUGAGGGGAGGGAACUGGAGUUCUAUAAAUGGGAGGGUGAUGUGCAAGAAUCACUGAAAGGUGUCCGACAGAAGCUCAACAUGCUUGGCGAGCACUGGUCUCGAGACGAUCAAAAUAAAUGCCUGAAAGAAGCAGCAAAGUUGUUCAAGUUUUUGCGAGAGAUAGUUUGUUUGAUAAUCUUAUAAACGAGAUUGGUUUCAAUCGAUGCUAUGUUUAUUUGCGAUCCAUUGACCUAGUUGUCUGAUUGUCGAUACAGCCUACAAAUGGAAUAUUGAUAUCAGUGUCGUGCAUUCAAGAACAUUGAUGGACUUUAGUGGUGACAUUGUUACCUGGGGACACAGACUCGGAAAAGGAAACAACCUUUGUUGAAAGCCAUGAAAAUAGUGGUGACUGCUGUCUCCACUGAAGAUGUGUGAAAAGGAACGGCAAGUUUGACAGUGGCAAUGUUUCUUGUUCUUGGUUGUUUGGGUUUUAAUGUAACAUGCAUAAACAGUGAAUUUAUCCUAGUGGGUGAAAUAAUAUGCAGGAUUUGAUU